UUGGCCCAUAUAGCAUUCAUCCAUGAGUUUGAGGUAACAAACCAAAAGCCAGCGCAUUAAAACCCUAAAAUAUAAGAAAUACCACUUUUUAGGGUUUGCAGUUAUCACAUCGUCGCCGUUCAGAACUUAUCGCCACUUCGAAGCAGCCAUGAUUAUCACCGAAAAGAAUCGCCGUGAAAUCUCAAAAUACCUCUUUCAAGAGGGUGUGUGCUAUGCUAAGAAGGACUACAAUUUGGCUAAGCACCCGGAUAUCGAUGUCCCCAAUCUUCAAGUUAUUAAGUUAAUGCAGAGCUUUAAGUCCAAGGAGUAUGUUCGCGAGACAUUCGCUUGGAUGCAUUACUACUGGUACCUCACUAAUGAUGGAAUUGAGUUUCUCAGGACUUAUCUUAACUUGCCAUCAGAUAUUGUGCCUUCUACCUUGAAGAAGUCGGCUAAGCCGCUCGGUCGUCCCAUGGGUGGACCUCCUGGUGAUCGCCCUCGUGGUCCUCCGCGGUUUGAGGGAGACAGGCCGAGGUUCGGUGACAGGGAUGGGUAUCGUGCUGGGCCAAGAGGGCCACCAGGUGAAUUUGGCGGUGAGAAGGGUGGAGCUCCAGCUGAUUACCAGCCUGCAUUUAGGGGUUCUGGAAGGGGCGGCUUUGGACGUGGUUCUGGAGGUUUUGGAGGAGCACCACCCAGUUGAAGCUUUUCUUAAAAUUAAAUAUGCCAGAGAUGUAAUAUGUGCAAAAUAGGGACUGGUUCAGACAAUCCGGAACCAUUUCUUAACACAAUUGUUUCAGUUCUUUUGUCAUCUUGAGAUCAGAAAUAUUUAAAUUUUUGCCUGAUGGAUCUUUUAUUGACAUGAUGAGUUUCUUUUAA